AUGGAAAACUCACAGCUUUACAUUCCACUUCUCUCUAAAGUUUUCCCUGAAGAAUCCAACACCACGUCAUCCAUCACUUCAAGCUUUACUCGCUUUCUUUCGAAAUCCCUUGAGCCAGAAUUAUACUCUAUGAAGGCUGCGAUUUUUGAUAUAAAUUCUAGCUUUGGGAAAAUUCUCCCAAAUUACCUUCAUUGCCCAUAUGGGAUAGUUGCUAUGGAAAAGCUCCCUGAUGAAACCCAUUUUUUAGCUGCCACAUAUGAAGGCUAUGCCUUGAUAUUUGAUAUAAAAACUGGACAUAUUGAUGACAAAAAAAUCUGUGAAAGGUUGAGUGAUGUUAAAGCAUUUCCUUUUGCAAAGGUUUCGCUAUUUUUAGGAGAUUCAUCCAUAUUUACGCUCAGUGUCCCUAAUUAUAGCUUAAUUAAAUACGGCAUCUUGGGUAUGGCAUUCUGCAGGUUUUACCGACCCAAAAAUGUAUAGCAAUGCUAGGUAAGCAAUUAUGGCAGUGUAGCUACCUAGCACUAGUCCGCUUUCAGAAUUGGAUUUUUUUACCUCAAGGGAAAAGGAGGGCACGAAGUUGUAAAGGGAAAGCUCAGAAAAGUCUAGUAGCUCCUAGCGUGAAGCCAAGAGUUACGCCUCGGGCUUCAUGCUUUUCUUUUUGCCGAAGUCGAUUAGAAAUUCCAUAUUUUGGGUGGGACAACCUUUGUAAAGCCCACGCAGAAGAGAAGUCUUGCCCUCUCCCAACUCUAGUUCAAAAGACAAUGGAAGACAGAAAUAUAGAACCCUAUUUCAGAGGUGCGAUGAAAUUAGACGAUGAAGAAUAGGAAAGGUGGUAUUCUAGCUAAACAGCCAAACAAAUUUAUUAUCCCAAAUCGAGUAAGUUCUCUCUGGCGACUUCGCAAAGCAGAUAAUUCCCUGGGAUCUUUGGUGGUUGUGUUGCUAACAAUGCAGCAGUAAAAUUGUUAAUAAUGCUAAUGUCAAUUUAGUCCCUAAUUUCAAUAUAGGAGAGAUUAAAUUUGAGUCUAGCGUAAAAUCAAUUGCACAGUCAGCUGACAAAAAAGAACUUUAUAUUUUAUUAGAAAAGGAGCUGAUAAAAAUAGAGCCACCUGAUUUCGAAAAUAGACAAAUAGUGCUGACAGGGGAAAAUUAUUUAAGUUUAUGUAUGUCUCCAAAUAAGAAAUUUGCAAUUGCAAAUAAAGAAGGAAAGCUCUUUAUAUAUGACUUAUAGCAAGCAUAAAACCCUCAAAGGCCUAACCCCAAUCUAGAGUAAGAAUAAAAAAUUCAAUAGUAUAUUCAUAUUUAAUGCAAAAUAAAUAAGUAAACCACUAUAAGCAAUAAAAUUUUCAAAAGGCAAAUACUUGAUCCAAACUAAAGAAAUAAUACCAGACAUAUUUAUAAAUGUGCUUAAAAAUCAUAAUGGGUUGAACAAUAAGCUCUAAUUUCUAUGAUUUUAAUAUAUCAUAUAAAUAGGGAGUUAAUAAUUGGGGUGGGGAUGGGUUUUAUGUUUGACCAGACUUAGGCUUUAUUAAAAUUGGGGAAGCCCAAUUAAGAAAGGAAACAAUUGUGAAAAUAUUUUCUGCUUCUGAAAGCAAAGUAGUAACUAUGAAUUGCAGGAAAAAAAUCAUCAAAAUUAUCGAAAUAGGCUCUUUUGAAAUUAUUACGGAAAUCAAAACUAAUGAUUCAGCCAGCUGUGUCGCUAUAACAAACAAUGAAAAAACAUUAAUUUAUUCAGAAAAUUCUAGUAUAGUUUUUUGAAAUAUCCAAGCAAAUAAAAUUGAGGGAAAAAUUAAUGCACAUGAAGAUAGAAUUAGAUAUUUAGGAUUAAGCCUAAAUAAUGAUUGCAUUUAUUCAUGUGGUAUUGAUGGGAAAUUUUCUGUACUUAAAUAUCCAGAAUUCUCGGUUGAAAAAACCAAAAAAGCACAUAAAUUUGAAGUAAACCCAUGAAAUGGAGAUAUUAUAAUUCAUACUAACUCACCAUUGGAACAAAAUGUUGGUAAAAUUCCCAUUUUUUGGGUUAAUUAAAACCCAUAUUAAUUGGAACAAUAGAAUUUUUUUUUAGUAAAAAUUCUAAUUUUAAUAAAAUUAGUUUUGACCUAAUUUAAUAGAGAUCGCGCAAGUUAAAAAUUUGACAAACUAAAUGGAUUAACUUUUAAAUUAAUUUCUAUAUAAAAUAAAUUAAAAUUUCUAAAUAUAUUUAAUUUAUAUUUUUAAUUUUAUAUAUAUUCAUAUUUAUUUUAUUUUUUGUUCCAAUUUAAAGGAGGAGGAGUAAGAAAGAAUUAAAAUUGUGAGACUUCGAUAGAGAUUUCGAUAAAGAACUUGAUGAAUUGGAAAAUUUCAAUAGAAAAUUUGAUAUUUUAAAUAUCAAGAUACACAACUAAAAAUGGAAUGUAUGAGUUAGGGGUUCUGUCCCCUAUACUCGUCCUAGUGAGGGAAGUUCAUUCUUCCUGAAGGAAAUCAGCGUUGGAACUGCUUCGGCAGCUCCAAGUGUACUUGAAUCACAUUCAAGGCAAGAAGCGAGACUCGUCUGGACCAUAGACUACUGUAACGGUUCGACGGUUAGGCCGAUUCCACCUACCGUUGUUCAGAGCUGUACGCGUGGAUGGAAUUCUUGAAGGGUGAGCUUGUAUUGUCAGAUCCUAAGAUAAGUGGGGGUCGACAAAGAGUUAUCGUAAUCUUAAUCUUAAAUAUCAAGAUAGUAAAAAAAGAUAUCAUUAUUUAUUUAUAUAGCAACUGUGUAUGCAAAAUAAACACCUCUACAAACGAAAAGAAAAUUUUCAAAUUAAGCGGAGAUAAGUUAAGUUAUUAAAUUAUGCUGGUUAUAAGCGGAUGAACCCGCUAAAGUCGUCCAACUUGCCUUCAACAGCUGGAUUUAUGGUUUGAGACACACCUGCUCAGGUGAUUAGUUCUUUGGGUAGAGUACCGUCUGUUGGUCUCGAUAUAGAAAACUAUGAGGAAGGUAAAAACCUUCAUAGCCCAUCUGGCAGGGACAGAAAAACAUUCAGGGGAGAAACCUCCCUUUUCUGUAAGGCUUCCCCAGCCUGAAGACUUACUCGAAAAAUGACAUAAGCACUAUAUCAGCUUCAUCAGGAUGGAUCCUACCUGCUCCAUAGGAGUGCCUUGGAGUCCAAUUUCCGUCAUUGCCACUCUUUUAUUCUAAAGUGAAGAUAGGCACGAUAGCUUUAUUUGUGCAGAAAUCAGCCCUGAUGGGAAAUUUUUAGCUACUGGCGGCCAUUCCCAAAAGCUUUGUUUGUGGGAUAUAGAUACGAUGACUAAGCAAAAAGAAUUCAAAGGGCAUGACAAUUAUAUACAUUGCAUAUUAUUUUUGCCAUACUCAAAAAUCAUUUCUUCUGGCUGUGCUACUGGAAUUAUAAGAUUUUGGGGCCUUGAAACUGAAAAAGAAGUAAUUUCUGCACUUAAAGCCCACGAUAAAGUUAUUGAAGUACUAAAAGUUAUCAAAGAUGAAACAAUCUUAAUUGUCGGCUGCGAUUAUGGAAUAGUAACAAUAUGAAAAUGAAGGGAAAAAUUGCUAUUAAAUACAAUCAAUCCAAACGGUGGAAAUAUAAAAGAUAUUUAUAUAGUCCCAGACGAGCGUUCAAUGAUCACUUGCUCAUAUCAUGGAAAAAUCUCUUUUUGGUGCUUGGAAACUUAUAGUCGAUUAUUUUUCUACGAUACAAAAACUUUCAUAUGGAAUCUCAGGUUGACUUAUUUAAUUAGUGUUUAAAAUGGCGCUUGGUUCCUCAAGCCACGUUAUAUCUGCUAUAUAGGCAGCUUUUUAAUCUAACUCAUGACGUCCCAGGCCAUCUUACCCCGUACUCUUAUAUCAGACGCUAUGAAAUUUUCCAUUAGAUUAUGUGUGCUACUUGCCCGUUAUCAAACCUCAUAGGGCGCGAUACCUUACUCUUUAUUUGAAUCCUCCGCGUCUUUCUCGGGGCAUCAUGUAGCAAAACCCUGUACUCCUAAAAUUCAAGGGCCAAGCCUUCCUACCCCAUGUGGUAAGCAUUUUGGCAUAGCAGGAUAAAGGGUGCUAGGAAUACUGAACCCACAAUAAUAAUAUUGAGAAAAGGUGGAAAAAUUAAUGGAGAGAAUUUGCUCUGAGUAGCCAUUUACUAUUAUUGGAAUUUCAGGUUGACAGAUGAUAAUAAACAUUUAAUGUAUAUUGAUUCAAGAACCAAUAUAAACGAGGGGAAAAUUCACAAUAAAAAUUGCGAAAUCGUAAUGAAGUCGAAUCCACUGAUAUCUGAUAUUGUUCAAGCAUGUGGCCAUGGGAAUAAUUAUGACUAUAUGAAAUAUGUAAGUUGCAUCAUUUCAAAUAGGAGGGUAGCUUACGAUCCAGAUAUGGACAAUUGGAUUAUUUUGCCUUAUAAAAUUAACACACUUCAUCUUUAUUCAUAUUUUAACCGUCCUGUUCACCUUAAAGCUGCAUUAUCAAAUCAAGCCUCAUUGUUUAACAACAUCUACAACCAAAACCCCUUAUCAUUAUCGGCAUCAAAAGGUUUUGAAAGCUGCCUAAACGCGAUAAUUGCCUCAAUGGGAAAAUAUUUAUCUCAUAAUCCUUACUCAUUUUCAAGUAUAAGCAAUUCUACACUUAUUGUGCUAAACAAAUCUGGGUACUCUACAAUAGACAAUUUUUAUAGAUUUGCUUUUACAAAAUAUGAAGGCUACAGAACAACUAAGUUCUGUGAUGAUUCAGUUAAUACCCCAAUUUUUAGACACUCUAAUGACCCUAUACCAGUUGAAUCUGACUUUUUAAGUCCCAAUGACAAAAAGCAAGAAGAAAAACCAAUAAAAUUUAUGCAUUCUUUAAUAGCUUGCGGACUAAGUUUUGGUACCAAAGAUAGCAUUGAUUUUCUAAACAGCAUCAGAGAUUCGCCAAAUUCAAGAAUUUUAAUCACAAAAUUCAUACAGUCAUUACUUGACUAUAAAUGAAAUAAGCUGAAAUGGAUGAUGUACACACAAGCUCUUCUUUAUUUAAUAUUUAUGCUACUGCUAUCAGUAUAUGUACUCGAUUUUAUUGACGCAAAAAAGCAAACUAUUGUGCUUUUAUCAUUCAGCACCCUCUUAACGUUCUAUGAAGUAUAUCAAUUUUUUGCUUCCCCUCUUGACUAUAUCAAAGAUAUAUGAAAUUAUGUUGAUUUGAUAAGAUCAUAUUUUACAAUUAAUUAUGCAAUCUUUAUAUGGUGUGACUACGACUCAGUCACAGCCCAUGAUUUUUUAGCAUAUCUAGUCAUUGUGUCGUGGCUCAGAGGAAUAGCAUAUUUUAGGCUGUUUAAAAAUACAAGAUAUAUGGUCAAUUUGCUGACAGAAGUUGUCAAAGAUAUGUUUUCAUUCCUAAUCCUUUUGUUUUAUUCAACAGCUGCGUUUUCAUUUAUCUUUACAGUUCUUGAUGAUGAAGGAUGGAGCUAUUUGAAAUAUUUGACUAUUUCUUAUAGAAUUGAUUUAGGGGAUUUCGAUACAAGCUAUAUGAAUUCAAUGCAGUGGCUUUUCUUUGUGCUGGCGACUAUGUCGAAUAUGAUUAUUAUGCUGAAUUUAUUGAUUUCCAUAAUGUCGAUCACUUUGGAUAGAGUCCAAGAAUUUUCAGAAAUUGCUGAUAAGAAGGAACUAUUAUUAAUCGGUCAAAUUAUUAUCAGCCUUGAUAUAAAAAUAUUUUAGCUUGAAAAAGCAUAUAUAGGCUAUAUUAAUAAAUUGUAAUUGCCAAGGCUAAUAAGAAAUUUAUACUAUUAAUUAUAGUAGGGAUGAUCAUCGAGCUAGAAACUUUGUUGUUUUGGAGAAGAAAACUUGAAGGGACUCAUUAUUUUCAUCUAUGCCAGGAAGAUAAAGCAGAUGAUAAAGAAAAAAAUAUGGCAACAAGGGUGCAUGCGAUUAAGAGAAACUUAAAGGCAUUCCAGAAUGAAACUAGGCAUGAAAUUAAUGAGGUUGUUGGAGAAGUUAGAGGGCUCAGAGAGGCUGUAAUGGAGAUGAAAGAAACGUUGAAAAUUCUAGUUGAGGAGAAGAGUAGACAAAAAAGAGAGAUCAAUGAGUCAAUGCUCUCAGUUGAAGAAGUAAAAUUUUAG